UAUUCAUAAACACUGAUGGGUGUGGCAAAACAGAACUGCAGUGUAGCGUGUAGCAGCAGCCAGCAGGUUUCAAUCUGAAUAAAAAAUCUCACGUUGUGUAGCAGACGUCAUGGCUUCGAAUAAAUCGACCGUUCGACCCGACAGCGAGGUGCACAUCACCUUUGAGGAACAGCAGAAAAUCAACAAAUUCGCCAGACUCAAUGCCGAGCUGGAUGAAUUAAAGGAGGAGCUGUCAUCAAAAUUGAAUGAUCAGAAGAAUCUGGAGGAGGCUAUCGAGGCUGUUGAUGAAAUUGAACUCUUGGGCGAGAUCGAAGAAAUUCCUUACGUCAUGGGUGAAAUUUUCCUGCUGCAAAAUCCAGAGAGUACCAAGGACAAACUUGCCGAAGCCAAGGAGAGAAUGGAAAAGGACUUGGACGGUAUUAAAAUUAAAAUGGAUAGCGUGAAAGACCUGAUGAGCGACUUGCGCACACACCUUUAUGCUAAAUUUGGUGACAACAUCAAUUUGGAGGCUGAGGAAGAUUAACUUAAGAUUUUUUUGGUAACACUGCUACCAUCUAUCCUUGUUGUUUACAAAACUACACUCACAUCAAGAAAAAAUCGGAAAGGCUUUGCAUCUGCAAAGUUGAGAGAAAAGUGUGUAGGAAAUAACCAAAACAUAAUUAUUUAAUUUGUUUGUCAAUCGCAGCAGGAAAAAGCAAGGCAAUAAUGAACUAAUUUCCGUUCUUAACCAUAAUUAUUGGUUCCAAUAAAAAGAUCGUCAAAAAUAACCAA